AUGGGCAACGUACUAUCGGCUUGCUGUCGGAAUAAGGAUAACCUCUACGAACCCGCCCUCGCAGACAGCGAACGAGAAGCCGUUGCGGACCUGCUACAAUACCUCGAGAAUCGAGGAGAGACAGAUUUCUUUUCUGGAGAACCGUUACGAGCAUUGAGCACUCUUGUUUAUUCGGACAAUGUUGAUCUACAGCGGAGUGCCAGCUUGACAUUUGCCGAGAUCACGGAGCGAGAUGUGAGAGAGGUCGAUCGAGACACACUAGAACCCAUCCUCUUUCUCCUGCAGAAUCCCGAUAUUGAGGUACAACGAGCUGCCAGUGCAGCUUUGGGCAACCUGGCUGUGAAUCCCGAAAACAAGGUCGCUAUCGUCCAGCUCGGCGGAUUACCUCCCCUUAUUCGGCAGAUGAUGUCUAAUAAUGUCGAGGUCCAGUGCAAUGCUGUUGGGUGCAUCACAAAUCUGGCGACGUAUGAAGAUAACAAGGCCAAAAUCGCAAGGUCAGGCGCUCUAGGUCCAUUGACGAGACUGGCAAAGUCAAAAGAUAUGCGAGUCCAGAGGAAUGCAACUGGCGCUUUGCUCAACAUGACACACUCUGAGGACAACAGACAACAGCUCGUCAAUGCAGGAGCCAUUCCAGUGCUUGUCCAACUGCUUCAGUCGCCUGACAUGGACGUCCAAUAUUACUGCACUACGGCUCUCAGCAACAUCGCUGUCGACGCGUCCAACAGAAAGAAACUCGCGCAGACCGAACCACGCCUUGUCCAAUCACUGGUCCAGCUGAUGGAUUCAGGAACGCCCAAAGUUCAGUGCCAGGCGGCAUUGGCUCUGCGAAACUUGGCAUCAGAUGAAAAGUACCAAUUGGAGAUUGUUCGAGCUAGAGGCUUGCACCCACUGCUCCGUCUCCUUCAAUCUUCAUACCUACCCCUUAUCCUCUCCGCUGUCGCCUGUAUCCGCAAUAUUUCGAUUCACCCUCUCAAUGAAUCGCCCAUCAUUGAUGCCGGCUUUCUCAAACCUCUGGUCGACCUAUUGGGCUCCACCGAGAACGAGGAGAUUCAAUGCCAUGCUAUAUCGACUUUACGGAACCUUGCUGCAAGCUCGGAUCGGAACAAACAGCUCGUCUUGGAGGCCGGAGCAGUGCAGAAAUGUAAGGAGCUUGUUCUGCAUGUACCAUUGAGCGUACAGUCUGAGAUGACGGCCUGUAUCGCCGUAUUGGCAUUGAGCGACGAGCUCAAGACACAUCUGCUCAACAUGGGAGUCUUCGACGUCUUGAUUCCUCUGACGGAUUCGGAAAGUAUUGAGGUUCAGGGAAACAGUGCCGCGGCGCUGGGAAAUCUGUCUUCCAAGGUUGGCGAUUAUUCGAUUUUCGUUCGCGAUUGGACCGAGCCAAACGGUGGCAUCCACGGCUAUCUCAAGCGUUUCUUGUGCAGUGGUGAUCCCACAUUUCAACAUAUUGCAAUUUGGACGUUGCUGCAGCUGCUGGAAUCUGAUGACACGAAGCUAGUCAGCUUGGUGGCCAAAUCAGAGGACAUAAUUCAGAUGGUCAAGACGAUCGCCGACAAGCACGUUGAGUCCGACGAUGAGGAAGGCGAAGAGGGCGAGGGCGAGGUGAUUGCUCUUGCUCAAAGAUCUUUGGAAUUGCUUGGUAAAGGGCCCAAGCAGACGUUGGUGGAAGGUUGA